AUGACGAGGAUCUUCGUGCAGCGUGGGCCCGGUGGCUCCUCGUCCAACUCGGCUCGUUCGGGCUCACAGGCACUGCAGCAGCAACAGCAGCAGCAGCAGAACCAGCCAGCAGCAGCUGCCCGGGAGGAGGAGCUUACGGUGCAGCCGCAGCCACUGGAGCUCUUGGCUUCAGGUGAUACGACUGAGCAUCUACUUGAGGGUGGCGAAAGUAGUAGCAAUGAUCCUUCAAGGCUGGUUGAAACUGUGUCUGAGAGCUCAAGUCAUGUGGAAGAGGGAUCUGAGAGAGAGAAACCCCCCAAGGAUGACUCCAAUGUGACCGAUCCCCCUUUCUUGAUGGAGCUGUCAGGACUCCAGCUUUCGGAUCAGUUUGAGCAGGCGAAUCCUGUGCAGUCAGGCACUGUGCCAUCGCAGAUAACCGGCGCAGCAUCACACCCACCGCCUCCUCCGGCUCCACCACCAAAACCAUCAUCAUCUGCUAAUAAUGGGUUGAGGAGAAUGGGAUCUGGAAGCUCAAAUGGUGUGCGGAUUGGAUCUUCAAGAAGGCCAACUGCUUGGCCACCAGUGGCAGCUUGGACAUCUGCUUCGGGUUCUCGCCCUUCUUCCCCUAGGUCACUUGCUGAUUGUGAAGGGUACAAUAGUGCAGAUGAGCAAGGUGCCUGUUACACCUCUAGCUAUGAUGAUUCGGAAAGGGAGCAUAUGUUCGAACAUGACCUAAGGCGAGUGAAAGGGUUUGAAAUAAGAAAGAUGGCAGCAGAUGGGAAUUGCCUGUUCAGAGCAGUUGCUGAUCAAGUUUAUGGCGAUCCAGAAACUUAUGAUAUGGCUAGGCAGAUGUGUGUUGACUAUAUGGAAAGAGAGCGGGAUCAUUUUUCUCAGUUCAUGACGGAGGGCUUUACACCAUAUUGUAAAAGGAAAAGAAAAGACAAGGUAUAUGGCAAUAACAUUGAGAUCCAGGCAUUUGCUGAGAUGUACAAUCGUCCAAUUCACAUAUAUUCAUACAGUACAGAGCCUAUUAACAUUUUUCAGGGAAGUUAUAACACAGAUGUUCCUCCGGUUAGGUUAAGUUACCAUCACGGUAACCAUUAUAAUUCAGUUGUUGAUCCUCGUCGGCUGACAGUUGGGGCAGGCCUUGGAUUUAGCUCCCUUAGAGGGACCAACAGUGUUGACAGAGACCAAGUGAAGGCUGCAAUAAAAGCUCAGCAAGAUCAGCAGAUUGAGAACGCACUUUUGGCUGAAGGGCGACUCUACUCUGAUCUGGAGUUAACUGAGAAGGAAAUAGAGCGGAUGGUGAUGGAGGCCUCUCGGGCAGAGUAUCUGAACCAGCAGCAAGUUAACUUCAGAGAGUCAUCAAGGUCAGGGGCAGAGCCAUCUUCCUCCGCCGCAAUUAGUGGAUCAUCUGGUUCGGCAGCGGAUAGAGGCAGUGAGAAUUGUUUCGUACUCCCAGACACGGUGCUGACUCGCAGCAUGCAGUUGCUUCUGGCAAUGGGCUUUAGUUACAUGCAAGUGAUGGAAGCCUACAGUAUAUUCGGAGAGGACAUGGACUCGAUGAUCUGCUACCUGGUGGAGAUGGGAGGCACCGGAGCCUCCGCAGGCGGCAGCAACCGCCGGAAAGGGAAGGCUGCUGAGUGA